AGCGUGUGCGACCAUUUCAAAGCGAGGUUCUCGCAAAUCAGGAGUCCAAUCUCUAAUCCUGUCUAGAGAGACAAGAGAGAGAGAGACAUGAGUAUGGCGAUGAUGUUACAAGGGAGCACUGCCGGUGUCCUUCUUCCUCUCCUAAUGCUGUUUCUGAUCAUUCUCCUUAUCCUCAUCGCCUGUAAACCAUGGCGUUUCUUCUCGUCCCUUUCUUCUCCUUCUCGCACUCUCAAGGUUGGUGAGUUAGAGAGGCCCCUUGUCUUGGAUGAUGCAAAUGCACGUGAUCAAGGCAAUGAAUUAACAAGAAGUAAUGACCUAGAGGGAGCAUAUAGUCAAAAUGAAGGGCUAUUGCGCUCACCUUGGACUCAUGGACUUGUAUAUAAGCAGAGGCUUCCUUCCGCUUCUCCCCAGUUGAACCAAGGUGAUAGCAUUGUUUUAGAUGUAGUUUCGGACCAGAUAGAGGAGCUUUCAACUGGCCAAACCUUCAGGUGCCUUUCAUUGACAGAGCCCUUAGCUGAAGUGCAAAAGCAUGCUAGACUGGAAGAUCAGAGUCCUAAUUUGAAAUAUGGUUUGGAAAAUGAUUUACUUCAAGAGUUUGUGCCAAAGGUCAUCACUGAUCAAAGAAGUUGUCUCUCUCUGGAAGUCAUCUCCGGUCCUUCUCGUGGGCUCCGUUGCUCUGUACAGUCAAUAAGUGGCCCACUGACCCUUGGGAGGGUUUCCAGUGACUUGCUAUUGAAGGAUUCAGAGGUGUCAGGGAAGCAUGCAAUGAUCAACUGGAAUGCGGAUAAAAAUAAAUGGGAAUUGGUGGACAUGGGUAGCCUAAAUGGAACGCUUUUGAAUUCUCAGUUGAUUAGCCAUCCUGAUUCUGGAAGCAGACUUUGGGGUGAUCCUGUUGAGCUUUCAAAUGGAGAUAUAAUAACGCUUGGCACAACCUCAAAUGUUCAUGUUCAUGUGACCUCUAAAUUUGAGAGCCAAACACCCUUCAGCGUGGGCAUGGCAUCAGAUCCCAUGUCUUUGCGACGAGGAGGAAAAAAGCUUGCCAUGGAAGAUGUGUGCUAUUACCAAUGGCCCCUUCCUGGCAUUCCCCAGUUUGGCGUAUUUGGUAUCUGUGAUGGACAUGGUGGAGUAGCUGCUGCGAAAUCUGCUAGCAAAAUGCUUCCUGAGAAGGUUGCCAGUAUUCUGUCAGAUUCUCUUGUAAGGGAGAGGGUUUUAUUGCAAUGUGAUGCCUCAGAUGUUCUUAGAGUUGCAUUUUCUCAAACUGAAGCUGAUAUGAAUAACUAUUAUGAGGGUUGUGCUGCAACAUUGCUUCUGGUCUGGGCUGAUAGUGAUGAAAAUUUCUUUGCACAAUGUGCCAAUGUUGGAGAUGCAGCUUGCAUUAUGAAUGUUGAUGGGAAGCAGAUUAAGAUGACAGAAGAUCACAGAGUAAGUAGUUACUCUGAAAGACUUCGACUUAAUGAAACUGGAGAACCAUUGAGAGAUGGAGAAACACGGCUUUAUGGCUUGAACCUUGCUCGGAUGCUUGGUGACAAAUUUCUGAAACAGCAGGAACCCCGCUUUAGUUCAGAGCCUUAUAUAAGUGAAACUGUACAUGUUAAGCAAGCGAGCAGUGCUUUUGCACUAUUGGCGAGCGAUGGCUUUUGGGAUGUUAUUAGUUUAAAGAAGGCCGCCCAGCUUGCCAUGCAGGCAAAGCAGAAGUAUUCUGCAGAUGGAGAGAAUGUAGCCGAGAAGGUUGCAAGCAUUUUGUUGACCGAGGCUAAAACAUUGCGAACAGAGGAUAACACCUCUAUAGUUUUCUUGGACUUUGACAGAAAAUUUAGAAUAUCUUGUAAAGUUGAUUCUUAAUGUAAAUUACAAGUUUUGGUGUACAUUUAAUUUUUUUUU